GACGCGCCGUUUCACUUUCCCUCUGUAAAGAAAAAAAAGAGAGAGAGAGAGAGCUUUUCUCUACCGCUGCAGCGUUCCGACUAGGUUACUUGCUCGAGAACACAAAAAAUGUCGUGGAGAGGAAAAAGAAAAGACGAGGAAGUCCGAGCAUCAGAUGACGAAUCUGAAACCCACGCUCCGGCUAAGAAACUCGCAAAGCCUUCCGAAUCCUCCGACGAGUCUGACGACAUCGUCGUCUGCAAUAUAUCGAAGAACAGGAGAGUCUCUGUGAGGAAUUGGAACGGUAAAAUUUGGAUUGACAUACGUGAGUUUUAUGUCAAGGACGGUAAAACUUUGCCUGGCAAGAAAGGUAUCUCUCUAAGCGUGGAUCAGUGGAACACUCUUCGGAACCACGCAGAGGGUAUCGAUAAGGCCCUCGCUGACCUUUCUUAGGUUUUUAAAACUUGUAUUGUUUCAUCGGUAGUAAAGUGUAGUAGAAGAUUACUCUCAAGUGCUUUUUUUUCUUCUUUUGGAUCUGUUUCAGCCUUUUGACAGAACAUUAUGUUUUGACGGUGCUUUAGUCGGACGUCAGUUAUAUGCAUUAAAAAUGAUGAUUUACUGUCUUA